AUGUCAGACCUCGUGGAAACUCGUUACUGCCUGGAUCAAUCAGAGUCCGCUGAUGCGAGCUUUGGACGCCUAACUGGCCGUGAGCUGGUGCCGAGGGACCAAAUACUGAUAUCCCGCGAUGCAGAAAUCAGGGCUCUAUCUGCGUGGGCGCUCCUCAUUGACCGGUACUUUGACACGCCUGUUGUCUCCUUCGUCGUGGCGAGGGCCAGUUCGGAACACAAGCCAAUUGGAGCGAAUGCUGUUAAGAGACUUUCUCUCCAAAUUGAGCAUGAGUGGAGUGUUCAGCAAUUGCAGGAAGCCGUCUCGAAAGCCAAGGAUACACGCGAGGAACCUGAUGGCAAGGAUUCAACUUCUAAUACGGCGGUCCUUCUCCUCGAGGCUUCCGACACGAACGCGGACCUCUACGGCAAGGGCCUAGAAGAUUUAUUUCAGCAACUGGGAAAUAUUCCGUUACUGUUGACGAUGUGCCCGACGAGCCAAGGUCUCUCACUCGGUGUCUAUUCGCCUUGUGACCGGCAGUUUCACAUACCUCUUCAAGCUAUCAUCGGUAGUAUGAAGCAUAGCUUUGAUGCCAUGGACAGAUAUGACACGCCAAUUACGGGACUUGAUCUCAUCAGCUCUUAUGAUGUUCAGCGACUUCGGUCAUGGGCGAUACGUGGCGAGGUAGAACCAUCGGGCUACAUCCACGAUCUGAUCAACCGACACUAUCGAGAGCGACAAGCUGCGAUUGCAAUAUCGAGCACUAGUGAACAAGUUACAUAUGAGCAGCUGGGGCAGAAAUCGGCCGCCAUUGCUGACAUUCUUCUGGGAGCUGGUGUUCAGUCUGGAUGUACAGUUGGAUUUUGCAUGAAUAAAUCUACACUGGCCAUCAUCACGAUCCUGGGGAUUCUUCGUGCUGGUGCUGUAUACGUACCAAUUAGCCAGGGUUGCUCUGCCCAGCGAAUGUCCGAGAUCCUUGAGAGAGUGGGGGCGAAACACUUCAUCGCCGAGAGACACAUUCAGCAGAGAUUCGAGGACAUCGAUCCACCAGAGAUCCAACAGAUUGACCCGGUCUCUCUGGACUUGGAACGGAUCCCCAACGCUUGGGAUCGGGAUGUUGACCUAGACCCCUCCAGUCUCGCAUAUAUUGUCUUACGUCCGGCAGCACAGGCAAGCCGAAAGGGGUUAUGCAUUAGCAUCACGCGGUUGCCGGUGGGUUACAAGCAGUAG